UAGGAAAAGUAGCUGAGGAGGAGGACCUGGGGCUGGAAGAAUAGCAGAUGCUGCAGGGAGGCAUAAGUGGUGGUGCAGCUGAGUGUGGGGAGCCCCGUGUCAGGAGAGUGGGCAGCGGGAAUUGCAAGCAGACAAGAGCGAGUCUCUGAGGCUGGCACUGAGAGGCACUGUGCUUUGCUUUCAUCCGCCUGAACACUGUGGCAACCAGACCCACUGUCUACUGCUGUCUUCCCUCUUUCCAGCCAUCUACACCUGCCAGCCAGCAUCUGCUCCAUCCCUGUGCAGGGGAGCACACACCGAUGAGACCAAAGAGGGUGCCUAAGAAAUACAGCAGUUGCUCAGCAACUCCUUGUCCCCCGAGGAGGACAACGUAAGCGAUCUGCACCCGUCUCCUGGGUUGCUCUUCUCUGCACAGCUGAAGGUGCUCCUACCUUGACUUUUUCUGGACUUCCCCUGCUCAGCCUGCAGAUCUUCUCCCACUUUAAGCCUCCAAACCCUCAAUUUCAGAAAAGGAAAAAGCCAUCGUGCAGGGUACGCUGACCCACUGCGGCAGGACGGUGCAGGACAAAGGCCGAGCUGAAGGGACAUGGCACGGGGUUAUUGAUCACUGAGGAGACCUUGAGCUGGACGCGCCUGAUGGAGGCCGAGGAACAGGAGGAAGACUCCAGCUCGCUCUCAAAUGACAAAUCAGAGACUAACUCACGUCGCUGCCUCCGCUAUGUGCCCCUUGGGAUAGCCUUUCUUGUGCUGGCUGGAGCUGCUGCAGCCACCUGGUAUUUCCUAGACUACAGACCAUGGCACCUGGAGCCAUCUGUCCUGCAGUUUUACUGUGGCAGCCUCCAGGUCCUCAACCGCCGGUACUCCCUGGACCUCGGGCAGGUGGAGUCCAGAGCCUUCUGGGUGGAGUCAGCUAAGCUCCAGAACAUGCUGAAGGAACUGAUUCGUGCCACGGAGCUGGGUCGAUACUACAACUCGAGCACGGUGUAUGCCUUUGGGGGGGGAGCCCUGACCUUCUUCUUCUGGUUCACCCUCCAAAUCCCUGAGAGUCAGCAGAAGGAAGCAACUGCUGAGAGGGUAAACACAGUGCUCCACCAAGAGCUCUCCACCAGCUUCAACAGCUCAGGCAGCCUGUCCUACCAGACGGAGUACAGGAUCAACCCAGACUCUCUGGUUCUCCUGGAAUCCAGUGUGAAAGACAUAGUAGUGCUGAAAUCCACUCUGGGUUGCUACAGGUACAGCUAUGUCCAGGAGGAUGACAUCCUAAGGCUGGAGGGCCCUGACUACCUGGCCUCCAGUUGUCUUUGGCACCUCCAUGGCCUCAAGGGCUACAUGAUCAAGCUACGCCUGGAGUGGACUCUGCCUGACUGCAGGGACCGCCUGGCAAUGUACGAUGCAGCCGGGCCCCUGGAGAAACACCUCAUCACCUCGAUCUAUGGCUGCAGCCGGCAGGAGCCCAUCGUGGAAGUCCUUUCAUCUGGCCCUGUCAUGUCCAUUGUGUGGAAAAAAGCCAUGUACAGCUACUAUGACCCCUUCAUCCUCUCAGCACAGGCGGUGGCCCUCGAAGCUUGUGAAGUGAACAUAACUCUGCGGGAGAGCCUGGAGUUGCAGGGGAAGAUCGGCACCCCACACUACCCCAGCUACUACUCGCCCAACACGCAGUGCACCUGGCACAUGAUGGUCCCAUCCCUCGACUAUGGGGUCACCCUCUGGUUCGACGCCUACGCACUCAGCAGACAGAAGCAUGACCUGCCCUGUACCCAAGGCCAGUGGAUAAUUCAGAACAGAAGGUUGUGUGGCCUGCGGACCCUGCAAGCCUACGCUGAGAGGAUCCCAGUCACAUCUUCUGCUGACAUCACCAUCACCUUCACCUCGCAGAUCUCCUUAACCGGCCCUGGCGUACAGGCAGCUUACAGUCUGUACAAGCAAUCUGACCCCUGUCCUGGGGAGUUCCUGUGUUUAGUGAACGGUUUGUGCGUCCCAGCCUGUGAUGGGAUCAAAGAUUGCCCCAAUGGACUGGAUGAGAGAAAUUGUGUGUGCCCUGCAAAGUUCCAGUGCCGUGAGGACAGCACUUGCAUCGAGUUCAGCAGGGUCUGCAACCAGCAGCUGGACUGUGUCAACGGGAGUGAUGAGGAAUACUGCAGUGGAGGGGUCCCCUGCAGUCCUUUCACCUACCGCUGUGAAGAUGGGACCUGUGUGAAGAAACCCAACCCCCUGUGUGACACCACUGCGGACUGCAAGGACCUGUCUGAUGAGAAUCACUGUGACUGUGGGAUGCAAGCCCCUCUCAGCAGGAUUGUGGGUGGUAUGAAUUCUGUGGAAGGGGAGUGGCCAUGGCAGGCCAGCCUGCAAGUUCGGGGCCGCCACAUUUGUGGGGGAACACUGAUUGCUGACCGCUGGGUGGUCUCAGCUGCGCACUGCUUCCAGGACGAGAGGCUGGCCUCCCCCUCCAUCUGGACCGUUUACUUGGGCAAAUACUUGCAAAAUGCCACCGGCCAUACAGAGGUGUCCUUCAAGGUUAUCCAUCUCUUCCUCCACCCUUAUUACGAGGAGGACAGCCAUGAUUAUGAUGUGGCCCUGCUCCAGCUGGACCAUCCUGUGAUCAUCUCAUCCUUAAUCCAGCCCAUCUGCUUGCCUGCUCCUUCUCACAUCUUUGAGCCUGGCCUUCAUUGCUGGAUCACUGGCUGGGGAGCCCUCAAGGAAGGUGGGCACAUCAGCAAUGUUCUGCAGAAGGUGGACGUGCAGCUCAUCCAGCAAAACAUCUGCAGUGAGGCCUAUCACUACAUGAUUACUCCCAGGAUGCUGUGUGCUGGCUACUACCAGGGCAAGAAGGAUGCCUGCCAGGGUGAUUCUGGAGGUCCACUGGCCUGCAAAGAACCCAGUGGCAGAUGGUUUCUGGCUGGUUUGGUCAGCUGGGGAAUGGGAUGUGCACGUGCAAAUCAUUAUGGAGUAUACACCAGGAUCACUCAAGUGCUGGGCUGGAUGAACCAAACCAUGAGCUGAGAAAAGUGCAUCUCUGUCUUCUCCCUAUCACACCUACACUCACAUGGCACUCAUUCCUGAUCUUGCUCACUUGCCUCUCAGAAAAAGAGUGUGGGAUGUUGUCAGACCCAGGAUGCUCUUCUGAACAGGGUUAAAAAAAGGCUGCUGCAGGGAUUGUAGAGAAAAGCAGGCAGACCCUCUUCCCCAUCAGUGCUUCCCAGGGAGCAUCCCAAGGGGGUUUUAGGCCAUCCAUCCAAAAGAGGGGGGAAGGGAGGGAGGUGGGGGAGUUGUGGGCAAUGACAUGACACACAGCAAUAGUCCCAAGCCAAUGGUUUCUGAGAAGAGGAAUAAAGGGAGUUGAACUUUCCAUGAA